AUUAGAUAUUGCGCAUGUGUAACUGGUUACAAAGAUGGCGUUACGGCACACGAAGAUCAUCUUUCGGGGUUUAUUUAGAAAAAGUUCAAAAGCAAAUCCAGCAGCUAUAGCAAAUUUACCUAGAAUUGAUCCUAAACCAUCAACUAACCCAGCAGUUGUCGAAGAAUAUUUGAAGAAACCAGAAGAUGUCGUGACACACACAGGACAGAAAUGGGAAGCAGAUGACUAUAGGAUGUCAAGAUAUCUCGUAGCAGACAAACAGGUUAACAAGCAGUGGGCAAUUAAUCUGAUUGAUGAAAUCCCACCCCAAGCCUGCAAGGAUAGAGUUGUAUCGUGCGAUGGAGGAGGAGGGCCCCUAGGACAUCCAAAAGUUUACAUUAACUUGGAUCAGCCCGGUAACCACUCCUGCAACUAUUGCGGACUGCGGUUUUAUUUAGAUCACGAUCACCAUCAUUAAUAACUGUGUGUUGUCUAGGACAGUACCACUAAUUAACUGUACAGCAAACAUGUGUGUGGGUUGAUAUUACUCAAGGACAAAAAAACAGAGGGAAUUUUUGAAACUACUGAAAUGACAGUCUGCGGAUACAACAACUCUUAUGUUUGA